AUGACCAAAUAUAAGCCAUACCUUGAUGUUGCAGCUCCAGCUUCCAUUGACCGCUUCUUUUAUGCCGGAGAACGUCAAAAAGGCCAAACGUUUGCAGCUUACAUUGCCGGCAAGGAAGUAUCGCGUCAGGAGCUGGAAACUCACUUGCAGGAGAGCAUCCCCGACAGGAUAGCGGCCAGGAUUCUUAUGAGACAGGCACUCCUCACGGACUAUCAGAGGGAAAUGAUGGCCCUGAAGGAUGCCAACCAGUUGUUUUCCUGGAACCAAGUGAUCGCAAUGCUGAGGCCCCUCGACCGUCCCCGGCUCAUCGCGCAGGCGGCCACUGCAGAGCUUGGUGCAACGGCAAGCAAGCACUAUCUCACUGGAGACACAGCCGAGGAGGAGCAAGCUCAUGAAGAAGAUGAGUUUUGGGAAGGAGAAGAAGAGGAAGAUUUAGCCUCGGAUGAAGAGGAGAUGACAUUCGAGGACCGCGAGUACGACGAGCACGAGGCCUUGUACAUCCACGCGUACCACAGUGCUUACAGCGAUGUCCGACGAGACUUGCAGAACAGAAAGAAGGAGAGGGGUUUCGUUCGACAUCCUCGUCAGCGCGGAGAGUCACGUGGCAAGGGCAAAGGGAAGUCUUCGCAGAAGGGUGGGUCGCCAGGUAAGCAAGUCAACUUCGUGGUGUGCCGAGGCGGCGUGGACCAGACCAUCACCCAUGCCUACGUCUCGGCACUCCCCAUGCUGUAUGCCACCGUCAAGGUCAAAGGACACGAAGCUCUGGUGGACACGGCGGCGGAAGAUGCAGUGGUUGGCGAUCGAGCUUUCGAGGCCAUGCGAGCCGAGUUGGCGACCCUGGGUCUCCAGCCUGUAUGGGUGGAGACGUUUUCUUCGCCAGUGCCCUGUGCUGGCAUCGGUGGAACGGCCAAAACAAUCGGCCAGGCCGACGUGCCGACCUGCCUGGCGGGCAUGUUAGGGGUUCUGAGGUUCACGAUAUUGGCCGACGACGACUCCUUCCAGACGCCGCCGCUACUGCCGAUCAGCUAUUUGGAAGCUAUCGAUGCCGUCAUAGACCUCCCUCGCGGUCGUCUUCUGGAGCUUCAGGGCAAGAAGCACAGAUUAGCAGGCUUCCCUCAGGUCACCGUUCGGUUUCCAUUCUGGAUUUUGCUCACACCCCAUGGCAGCUCCCUCCCGACUUGCGCACGGAUGGCAAGGACCCGUUUGUGCUGA